AUGAUAAAAUGUUUGUUUGCAGAGUACGUUUUGAGACAUUUUUGGGAGGGCAUGGUUAUAUUAGAUGGGAGAUUUGGAAAAAUUUAAAUAUUGAUUUUAGGAAGUUGUGAUUGCGGGGCUGGUUGCCUUGGAGUGUAGAGAGUGCUUAUAAGUCAUCAUCGGUUAGUUUAUUGCAUUUAGAGGAAAAUUGUCGGAAUGGGUUAUAUUGCACUAGGUUAUUUGAUCCUAUUUUUCGUUCAAAUCUUGCUCCAUUUUCAUGAAUUUUGAAGACCGAUGCUAGGGAUUCCCUUUGCAUAAUUUAUGUCUGGAUUCCAUGUGAAUCCCUAAGUUUUAGGUUUUUAAAUUUAAUGUAGCUUACAGGGGAAGUACCCCAAUUGCGACACUCAUAUUUUAAUGAAACUCGGCACAAAUUUAGAAUAACCUUUUCCAAGAUAUGUGCGAGAAUCCUAGCUCGCGCUUUGCAGAAACAACCGAGAUUUUUAGAUCGAAAAUUGGCGAAAAUUUGACAAUUUUUGACGAAUUUCAGCACGAAAAGUUUCAUGCCUAUUUCUGCCAUAGAGGGUAAUGUUUCCACAAAAAAUUGAUUUUUUUCCGCAUGAAACAAGCAAAGUUAUGGCCAAAAAGUGUUUCGCUUUCUGACCGCCUUCCGCGUUUAGCGUACUCUCUCGGCGGCAAAGAGCGUUCAAUACCUCGGCUGCGCUUGCAAAGCGCGAGCUAAAACGUUCAGGAAUUGAUACUGAGUUCAUGACCGACAUGCGUCCAAAAUUUAAAGAAAAUCUGAGCGUCGCACUUGGGGUAGGUACUUCCAUCGUUAAUCGCAAAAAAUUUUAAUAUUGAAAUAUAAGUGUAUUUUUUGGUAUCAUGUAAAAAAUGGAUAUAAAACUUUAAGGACUAAAAAAACCCUUAUAGGUCACACUGUGACCAAGACUAGCAUUUGGUGUUGUAACAAAACUUUGAACAUCAGAUUGUAUUGCAUUAGACCCCUUGACUCAUACUUCUCCCAAACAUCCCCCAAUUUACUCGCAAUGUAAACAACAGUCCUAUUAUGCCGCCCCACUUACCUCACACGCUCCCUGAACCUAACUUCAGGCUCCUCCACUUGCGCGAAACUCGACCUGCCGCCGCCUGUCCGCAACUUGGGCUGUCCCACGUCGCUGAACCGAUGCUUGGCCAGGUUGUCCUCGGAUGGGUAGUGCUGAUUGAAGUCGUAGUGGGGCUGACGCUGGCCCUCAUUCUGGCGGGUCGGAGCUGGGGACACUGGCCCCGACGGUACGCUGCUCUGGUUCGACGACUGGUUCAGGGUUAUGGUCGACGGUGCCCGCGAGGAAAGGAUGCUGCCGGAAAUGGUGCUGGACCUGGAAAGACACCGUUUGAAGCGAACAAUAACUCAUUGACAAAAGAAGAGUUAAAAGCAGUAAGUCGGGAUUCUAGACUGCUUGUGGUCAUAUUAUCGCCAGUUUUGUAAAAUAUGGGUAUUGUCAUCAUACAGUGACAAAAAUCACUUACGAAUUGGGAGUGAGAAGAUUCUCAAGGCGAUUGGUGGUGGCAUACCCUCCCUUUUGACGAUAGGCUCGUCUGGGUGUCACAGUGAAGCGAUCCGACGGUUUAUAAACACCCAAACUCACAUAGUUUGACAUUGGCUGCAUGAUGUAGCCUGGAAAAGAAAAUAGUCAUGUUUUGUGAGGUUUUGAUGACUUUAUUUGCGCACGGAAUUAAUAACGGUGGCCAUGGUGUCUUAAAAAAUAUAGCGUGCUUUUGAAAUACGACCAAAAAUCCCAUUUUAGCUGGGGAAAAAACCGAAAUCGAAAAGCGUUGAAAAUUGGUGAAAACAGUUUUUAUUUGGUUUAAACUUUACCUCGACGUCUGAUGUUGCCCUUUUUAAUGUUGCAGCAACAUAACAAACCCAUAAAGACCUUGAAAACCAAUUAAAUUGUAAUAUUUUUUUAUGACUUAUGAAGCGACUCUCGCCAUUUGCAAAAACUUUCAAAACUCCCUAAUUCAGACUUAAAAUUCGACACUUGAAGCCACCGCCUAAUCGCCGGCUCCUUUUUGAUUAGUCUCACACUAAUUUGAGGGAAACCUUGAACACUCUCUUGUUGUGUCGCGCAAAAACGACUCGAAAUCGGAAUGAAAAAGGCGAAGAAUAGAGGGUCCAAAGAAGAUUUCCUCCAUUCAUUUGUUCCAUGAAUCAAUCACAGCGAAAUUACAACACCCAUGUAUUUUCCGGCUCUUUGUUUAUGUUGGAGGGAUAGACUGGGGGGAGGAGAUAUAAACUUUGCAUAAUUUUUAAUGAGAAAUGAAACAAAAGGGGGUUACGGAGCUGAUGGGGUAAGGGUUUGUGAUAAAAAAAAGCUUUGUUUUUUAGUGAAAUACUGUAGUGAAGUAGACGGAUUUUGAUGGGAAAUUACAGUUAGACAGAAGUAAAAAAUUUAUAAAAUGGAUUUUGAGGAACUUCUUCACGAUUGCAUGGAGAAAGUAGGGGUUUUUUGAGCCCACAGGUAACGCUUGACUUGAUUUUUAAAAGUUUAUUCUAGUGAAAUUCGCAGAUGUAUCAGCCGAAAAAGUAUAUUUUCAUGGACGCCAGUUCACAUGGGAACUUCUCAACGUGCCGUGAUGAGAUUUUGACGGGCUUGGCACAAAUUUUGAUUUUUGGGAAAAUUUUUUUUUGGUCUAAAGUUGGUUAAAAAGUGUCGUCUUUUUGCGAAUAUUGGCAUAAAAAGUUCAAUUUUUAUAUUUCUGCCGAAGUGGGUAAUGUUUCUACAAAAGAUCCAAAAUUUCCACGCGAAAUUAGCAAAAGUAUGGCCAAAAGUGUUUCUCUCCGACCUCGACUAUGAAAGAAUUUGGCCGUGCCUAAAAUUUUUAGCGAUCAAAAUUUGCCACCAUAUAGGCGAAAUAUUAUAGAACCCAAAAAUAAUGCAACCUAAAAAUACCGAAAACCCGAGACACGCUUUACCUCUAAAAACAUAAAACCCCUUGAAAAUGUGGAUACUUAACCCAGUAGACGCACCCGAGAUCCCCACGAAUCCCGCGUUUUUCACGAAGCCCCGCGCCGUAUUUUCUUUACGUCAAAGAAUUUUUAAGGUCGUUACGAACGAAAACUUUCCGGUGAAACAUCGCCUAAAGGGAAAAGGCGAGAAAAUUGAUAAGAAACAGGGAAAAUACGACAAAGCUCUUCGCCGAACGCGCCAUAAGCCGUAACGGUCAAUCAUAAUUCGAGAGCGAUAAAAAAUUAUGAGUGUUUUUGGGUGGGGAAGUGGUUAUGGGAGAGUAAUUGAUAUGAGUAAUACGAAAAAGAGGAAAAUAAAGGAGAGUCAUCGCGUUGAAAUGGCGAAUGAAGACAACUAAUUUUUCAAGGGAAGUGCUCAAAGUGCGAUGCUCAGAUUUUGAUGAAACUUGGCACAGGUUUAGGCCAAGGUCUUAUAAAGGAAAUGUGAUCAUUUUAGAUCGCGUUUUGCAGAAAGAACCGAGAUUUUUAGGCCGAAAGGUGGGAAAAAUACGGCAGUUUUUUGCAAAUUAUCAAAAAAAAUCUAUAAUAUAAAAUUUUCGUCAUCCCUUGGACUACAUAGAUAUCUCAUUUAUUUCUGCAAAAUGCAGGCUGAGAAUCUCGAAUAUUUCGGAGAAAAAAUCAUCCUUAAUUCGUGGAAGAGUUCGUCACUAUCAAAACGUUAAGUUCAGGGUUGUUAAAACAACGGAUUUCUAACAAUUUGAUGUCAAAUUUGCGUCAAAUUGCCGUCAUUUCCAUCAUUUUGGCUAACUUAAACAUUGUGAUAUACGAAGCUUUCAAACGCAAGUUUAACAUAGAAUAUGAUGACUAUCGUCAAAAUUAGUCGUAACUGGUUUUAUUGUUUAUUUCAUCGGUCGUUUUGACAUGGAGAAGCAAUUUAGUUCCUAAAAAUUUUAAAUUCCAACGAUUUUUUUGUAAAAAAUGGUCAAAAAUUGUCAAAAAAGUUCAAUUUGACAGUGAAAACGACAUACAAAUUUAACAUGACAAGAAUAACGGCAAUUUGAAAAUAUAGCUGACGCGUUAACAACGCUAGCUUUAACUAAAAAAAAUAAAUACUUUGAGAAUACCUCAAAUUUCCCCCAGCACAUUUUCCCUCCAACCAUCACUAACUAUGUGGAAUUGCGCUCAACCAGAUAAAGAUUUAACCCUUUAUUACUCGAAACAAAAGAAGACGCUAAAUGGAAUGCACGGAAUUCACGAGUAAACCCAUCAGCUCUGUUAUCACCAAUUACGACCAACUCCUUCUCGUAAAAAAGCACAGAGUUAAUUCGUUGGAAUUUGAGGAAAAAGUUGGAGAAAAUGAAAAAAUGCAAAGCUGUGGGGUGGGUAAAAUUCGAGGAGUUUGAAUCUGCCUAUAUUUUUUUUCAAAUCCACUCAAAAAAUUGUUGUAAAAGCUCCGCCUUUAUGGCUUGUAAGACGAAAUGUCACAGGAUUUUUCCUGCUUCUCGUCGUAAAACGGAAUUGGAAAUCUUUCGAAAUAGUCAAAUAUAGAUUGUAAAAUACACCCUCUGCUUUUUUAAAAUUAUUUCUGCUUUGUUUUAUUGGCAUGGAAAGGCAAAAAAUGUUGUUGCUUUGAUUCUUUAAUAACAAGGGGGCAGUAAAAUGUGAUAGGUUGGUUUAUUUAUAACUUAGCAGUCAGUGGACCCUUUGAUGCAACUCAUAUAUCAAACUGUUUUGUAAGGGCCUCGUUUUGGUCCCACAACCCUUUUACAAUUUGCCACGCGUUAGCGCCUCUAGAUUUUUCAAAUGUUGUAAGUUAGAAAAAAAUGACCGUUCUAUUUUUGAAAAUCUUGAAUUUAGUAUCAUCCCUUAGGGCUCAAAAAUCUGAAAGCCUAUACGACAAAAAACCUAGGACUCAAGAAUCAAUUUGGUACUUCAUUCACAAAAAAAGGUCCAUUGGUUGUCCAUCUAGAGCUGAAAAAAUUGCCAUUUUUCGUGGCCCACCCUCCACUUAUUGUUAAACGUCGCACAAUGUACAUAUACAAAUACUCUGAUCGUUUAGGUGCCUUUUGCGUUGGAGCUCUUCCGACCGGUCCAAAAUGAACACUGGAAUUUCAUGAGCUUCCCGGGAACGGACGAUCCUUUGGACUUGGUUGUAUAUACACUAUCCUGUGUCAUAAGGUAAGAAGAACACGUUAAAAGUCGACUUGCCCAAAGAACUGAAAAUUACUUUAUUCUGGCUUACAGGUAUGGAAUUAUCUUCCCAAUUCGCCUUCAACUUUUACUCUUCUCCUCGUCCUUUAUUGGGCUAGCUGGUGUGGUCUCAUACAUCAAGCCAUACACUCAAAGGCAGCGAUUGUACUGCUGCUCGGUCUACGCCAGAUCGUUUAGCGCCUCGAUGGGAUUGGUCGCCACGUACCAUGACAAGGAGAACAAAGCGAGGUCACCAGGUGAGGCAGAAGAAUGUAACAUAGUCCAAUUCUUUACGACUUUUGCUGGCUUUUGAAAGCUUUUUUUGGGUUUUUAAGCGCACUAAGGCGUUGAAAUCAUUAAAAAGUUUGUGGGCUAAAAAUGGAGGUCCUGCCGAUCAGCUUGAUACAUGAUUUACAGCAAACGGUCCACUGGCUGCCAAGAUAUAACUAUGUAAAACAAAGUUGCCGUAUUUUUCAAGCUCACUUUUAUAAAGAGAUGGUAGAAGAAGUGUAAUAUACUGAGCGGUUAAUUCACAUUUUUUUUGCGACUUGUUGCUUCAGUCUGUCGGUAAAAUAACGUGGAUUUUUUGCAAAAGAAAUCAGAGCUCGUCGCUGUCGCACACCAAAAAUCUAGCCGCGGCAAGCCAUCACAAAGCGAUGACCGACGAAUCCACAUUAUUUUCCCGGCAGACUGAUGAAUUUCUCAAACUUCAGGAAUCGCAAUGUCCAACCAUUUAACCGCCAACGACAUCCAAUACAUCUUUGCGGACGUGGAUUUCACGGAGCCGAAGCCUCAGGGCUACACCGUAACGGGUCAACUGCACAACGGAAUCAUCGGGUAUAUCAUCAAGAUGGCGGCGAGAAUAGCGCCGAUCUACUUCUUGGACCGAAGCAGACCUGAAGAACGAAAGAACUUUCAUGUAGGCUAAACAUUCGAACACUUACAUGUAUUUCCAUUUGGUCACUUACAUGUAAUUUUAGAAAAAUGUCGUGGAAGCCGCAAGCAAAGGCGAGAUUGAUCCGGUGCUGCUGUUCCCGGAAGGCUACUGCUCAAACAAUACGGGUGUUAUGCAGAUGCGGAAAGCCGCCUUCGAGGAGGGAAUAAAUGUCUAUCCAAUUGCGAUAAAGCAGAAUGCAAUGUAAGCAUACAGAAUUUGUUCAGAAGAUUUUGAGGCUUGGAGCUUACAAUGUAAGUAAAUCCAAGUGCAACACUCGGAUUUUCUUUAAAUUUUGCACACUCGUCGAGGAUAGUCCAUGAAUCAAUCCCUAAAAAUUUUAGCUUUUGCUUUACAAUGGCAGCCGAGAUGUUCAACGAUAUUUGCGGCCUAGAGAGUACAAAAAAAAGGGAGAGCGGUCAGAAAGAGAAGUUUUGACCGUAUCUUUGCCGUUUCUCCGUGGAAAAAAUUCUUUCUUUAUAGAAAUUUUACCGUCUGCGGUAGAAAUAGGCAUGAAUUUUUUGUAAUGGUGUCAAACAUAUAGCCAUUCUUUCAUAAUAUUCUACUAACUUCCGAAUUUCAGAACCGGCGACUCUUUUUGGUACGAAGACACGUUCCUGCCCUAUAUUUUUCGGGUUAUGACUUCCUGGUGCAUCAGUUACGAUGUCUAUUACAUGCCGAAGCAACGUCGCCACGACUCCGAGGACUGUGAGAAAUUUUCAGCGCGGAUUCAGCAGCUGAUCGCUGACAAGAUCGGUGUGCCGGCUGUCCCAUACGGCGGCUCGGAACUGUCCAGAGCGAAGAAAGCGUUUUUGAAGGGGCGGUGA